UUGUGGAUUGUUGGAGUUUUGUUUCUACUUUAACAGUUGUCACGUCCGCAGUGGCAGAGGCGUGGAGAGCAGAUUGGAGCCGAAUGCAAGCACUGAAGAUGGACAUGAACUGAGAUUUCAGUCUCCAGGAUCUCUAUGCAAGAUGUCUGUGCCCAAAGCUGAUGGGAUCACUAUGUUUACUUUUACCUCCAAAUCCCAAAGUCCCUGGCGUCCUCUGUUCCAGAUCCUCAAGAGCCCUUGCUACAGGCCAUUGUUCUCCGCUGUGUCCAAGCACCUGAGUGGGUCCCAGAGAGCUUCUGAGACAGUGUUGGGGGUUCUGCAGGUUAGGAUUGGGCUGCUCAGUAUUGGACUCGGUGCUUUCUUUUCAUGUACUGGUCUAAACGUUUUUGGUUUCUCUAGCUUCCCAUAUUGGUCAGGAGCAAUGUUCAUUGUGCUUGGCAUCAAAGCCCUCUUGUUUGAGAAGCACCCAACUUGGGUCAUACUCAACAUGAUUUUGUAUCUCACUGGAUUUGGUAUCGCCAUGGUAGCUUUUGUUGUCUACACCAUGAAUAUGAUAGUUUUAUACACCAUCGGGAAUUAUGGAACAAAUUCCCAGGAAAAAUAUUUGGAAGCCUACCACCUGAUACUGAUGGUGAUUCUGGUGAUGAAUCUGCUGCUGAUUGUCUUGUCUGGCGUGGAGGUCGGCGUCACCCUGACCUCUGCCUUUUGGGAGAUCAAAGCUCAUCUUCAGCGUCAAAACAUGAGCACUGAUGACCCAGAGCUCCACAAACCAGUGCUGAUAGAAGUGACUGCGCUGCCUGUGGUCUGAACAUCUUGACUCUGUGUAAUGUCACAUCAGCAAUAAAAAAAAUUGUGACUGUACAGCCUCCAACUUCUGAGUGUUUUCAAAAUGUUCCUAAAAAUAAUCCUGUUUAUUUUUUUUUUUUUAAAGAAGUCGCCUGUAACUGUUAUAUAAUUCAUUUUGCUUGUAUUUGUGACAUUUUAUUUUUAGAGAAUUUUAUAUUAAACUUCAACAUUAAGCUUUUUGUGCGAAAACAGGAACAUGUCUGAAGAUUAUCGUUACUAAAAUUUUUAGGUGUCAUGAUGUAGAAUAUAUGAAUUAUAGCACUGUGUAUAUUUACUCUGUUACUGACUGCCUGGGCUGAACCAAGUGAAUCAACAUUCUUGAUUGUUCUUGUUCUUCAAGAAAGCGUUAAAAAUACAAAUGUGUGUCAUUAUUUGAGUCAGACUGUGUUUGUGUAUGAACGUAAAUCAAAUCAACAUCCAAAGAUUUGUUUGUGUUGUCUGUGGAGAAGUGGACACGGCUCAUAACCUUUUUCUUGUAAUUGUACAAUAAAGGUGUAGUAACAGUGUCGCUGUGACCACCAGA